AUGGGUUCGAUGCACUCCAGGGGUAUGGUGAUUUUAGCCGGCAACUCACAUCCUGAAUUGGUCAGUUGUGUCUGCCGUCACCUGGACGCACAACCGGCAAAAUGCUCCGUCUACUUUCGCCCUAGUCGAGAGACGAUGGUGGACUUGGGUGAAACUGUUCGAGGUAGAGAUGUGUACAUCAUUCAGUCGGGCACCAGAGAUGUAAAUAAUGAUAUUAUGGAACUGUUGAUUCUUGCUUACGCUGCCAAAUCUGCAUGUGCACGGAAAGUCGUCGCUGUGGUCCCCUAUUUACCCUAUUGCAAGCAGAGUAAACGACGAAAGCGGGGCCCAAUCACCAGCAAACUUUUGGCCAAAAUGUUAUGCGCUUCUGGGAUAGAUCAUGUGAUCACUUUGGACUUGCAUUCGAAGGAAAUUCAGGGAUUUUUCGACGUACCGACGGAUAAUCUGCGCGCUUCCCCGUUCCUCAUCAAAUACAUAGAGACCUAUGUGUUAGACUAUCGGAACGCAGUGAUCGUCGCAAGGCAUCCGGGUGUGGUCCCACGGGCCACCAGCUAUGCGGAAAGACUACGUUUGCCGCUUGUGGUGAUCCACGGUGAAGAGCGAGAUGAAUCUGAGCGUAACGACGGUCGCAACUCACCCCCACUGGAAAGUCUUCAAUCGGAAAGGAAACCUGUGGAACACACAGGAAUUGAAAUUCUCCCCUUCAUGGUCUCGAAAGCCAAACCGCCACCGACUCUCGUAGGUGAUGUGAAUGGACGUAUAGCUAUCAUUGUGGAUGAUAUCAUUGAUGAUGUGGAGCAGUUUGUAAGAGCUGCGGACCUAUUACACGAUUGGGGAGCGUAUAAGGCAAGUCUUUCUCUCCUGGCCUCAUUUGAUC